UGGGUGUGUCUCUCUCUGGUAGCUUGUCUUCGAUUUUGAGUUAUAGACGCUGACACCACCUGACCUGAGAGACUGACCCAACCCACAAGCCACAGCCACAGCCACUGCCACCCACCUCUCUUUUCGGCUCUCAUCUCAGCCUCGUUUCACUGCUAUUUUUCAUACCCAAGAGUAUUUCUUGAAAUGGGCUGGUGAUGGAUUCUUGGUGGGUGUUGAAAGUUUGUUCUUUUGGACAAAAUGAAAAGGUUUAGGCCAUAUAUGUCCUCAAAGAGAGCUACAAUUCUCACAGUCAACUUUCUCACAGCACUAUCUGAGGUAUGUUCUUCACGCCACUCAUUAGAUUCAAUCAAAACCCUUACCUUGCUGAAAAAUCUCAGCACUGCUGCAGAAAGGUCAGAUUUUCUGAAUUCUAAUGGAUAUCACAUAGAUAAUUCAUCAGAGUGUCACCAAAACCCUAGUGGAUAUGAAAAAGUGAGCCAAAUCCCUAGUGAUUGGCAGAAGAAUUCAAAUGGGUUUGAUGGUGGAAACUCUGUGGAGGUUCAGCAGAGCUUAAACCUCCAUAGAAAUGAUUUUGCGAACAAACCAGAUGGGCAAAAUGGAAAUGUUAGUGGCUUUUAUGGGCAAAAUUAUGGUGAUUUGCAGCAAAAUUCACAUGGGUUUUACCAGAAUUCUUGUGGACUAUCUGGGGAAAGCCCUAAAAGUACAUGUCAAAACAAUUCAGUUGGGCAAAAUGGAAAUUUUAGUGGGUACUAUCGUGGUCAACAUAACGACAAGGUUCAGAACCUAAGUGAGAGUUAUGCAAAUACUUCAAGGAGUUUUGAGCAGAGUUCAAAUGGGUCAUAUCAGAAUAAUUUUGGGGUUUAUAGGGAAAGCAUACAGAAUAUCCCAAUUCAGCAAGAUAGGAAUUUUAAUGGGCAGAAUAAUGGAGUGUUGUCACAGAACCCUAUUGGAGUCAAUCCACAGAAUUCAGUGGGCUUACAGCAUAAUACGAACAGAUCUUAUGGGGAAAAUCAAUAUCUACAGAAUUCAAAUGGAUCUUACCAGGAGGGUCUCAGAGAAGUGAGGCAGAACACAAAUGAAUUUGCUUCCCAUGGCCUUUCAGAAUCUCAGGGAAGCCAAAUUAGAAGCUAUACACAUGGGCAAAUUCAGCAAAACCUAAGUGAACAUAACAUGGGCAUUGUUGGAGCCUAUCAGCAAAGAGAAAGUGUGUAUCAGCAGAGCCAAAGUGCUGGACAAUAUUUGCCAAACUCAAAUGCCCACACUAAAUUAUCAAGUGAUACAAAACCUGAGGUGGAAUUGGGUGAGGGAUCUGAUUGUUGCCCAUAUAGUGGUACUAUUGAGGAGCUAGAUGGUUUUAGCAAGGAGGGGAAAGUAAAGGAAGCUGUAGAAGUUUUGUCAUUAUUAGAGAAACGUUGUGUUCCAGUGGAGUUGCACCAAUAUCUACAGUUAAUGCAGGCAUGCAGUGAGGCUAAAUCUCUGCAAGAAGCAAAAUAUGUUCAUCAACACGUCGUAAGAUCACUGUCUCCACUUAAGGUCAGCACCUAUAACAGAAUUAUUAAGAUGUAUUGGGAAUGUGGUUCUAUAGACGAUGCCUUUGAGGUGUUUAACACGAUGCCAAAGCAAAAUUUGACAUCUUGGGAUACCAUGAUAACAUGGCUUGCUAAUAAUGGUCUUGGAGAGGAUGCAAUUGAUCUGUUCACUCAGUUUAAACAACAAGGAUUGAAACCUGAUGGUCAACUUUUCAUCAGUAUUUUUUCUGCUUGUAAUGUUUUGGGAGACAUUGAUGAGGGAAUGUUACACUUUGAAUCAAUGAGGAAGGAUUAUAGUAUUGUCCCAUCCAUGGAUCAUUAUGUGAGUGUAGUAGACAUGCUUGGAAGUACUGGGUACCUGGAUGAAGCUUUUGAGUUCAUUGAAAAGAUGCCAUUGGAACCUAGCGUUGAUGUAUGGGAAACCUUGAUGAAUCUUUGUAGAGUUCAUGGACACAUAGAGCUUGGUGAUCGUUGUGCUGAGAUUGUUGAGCAGCUGGACCCCUCCCGCUUGACUGAGCAAUCAAAGGCUGGCCUUGUACCUGUGAAAGCUUCAGACAUUGCAAAAGAGAAGGAGAAGAAGAAAUUAGCAAGUCAAAAUCUUCUAGAGGUAAGGAGCCGGGUUCAUGAAUACCGUGCAGGAGAUAGAUCUCAUCCUGAGAAUGAUAAGAUCUAUGCGGAACUUAGGAGUUUGAAGGAACAAAUGAAAGAGUCUGGUUAUGUACCAGAGACUAGAUUUGUGUUGCAUGAUGUUGACCAGGAAGCCAAGGAGGAAGCUCUUCUUUCUCAUAGUGAGAGACUUGCUGUUGCUUAUGGUCUCCUUAACAGCCCUCCUCGUGCUCCUAUUAGGGUAAUCAAGAAUCUCCGUUUUUGUGGUGAUUGCCAUAAUGCACUGAAGAUCAUCUCAAAGCUUGUAGGCAGAGAACUGAUCAUACGAGAUGCUAAGAGGUUCCACCAUUUCAAGGAUGGAUUAUGCUCUUGCCGGGAUUAUUGGUGAAAAGAAUGAAACUUGAGGUAUGUCUGACUCGGACUGUUUUUAGCUGGUUGCUCCAUGACACCAAAAUAUAAUUUGUUGGACCAUCAUGAAUAUUUAAUCACAAGAUCUGUUCAACAGAUCCAGAUCAAGGCAAAGAUAUCUAUACCCAUUGCUAGAGUGAUGCAACCUUAGGUUCUGAUUCCUAGGUUUAUUUGAUUUUUCUUUUGUUUUUCUGGAAAACUUUGUGCUGCAUCAACUCGGUUCAGAGCUAUCAUCGUUCUGCAUCACAGAGGCAUUAAUGCAAUUUUGAUCCCAUUUUUUCUAUCAUGUUGACCAGGAAGCUGGAACAUUUAUUCUUGGUACAAGAUUUUAUUUUUUAGGCUAAGAACAUUCCUAGUUCAAGAUAUUCCCAAUGUUGUUAUAAAGAGUAUUCAAAAUGCUAUCUGGUUGCCAGUUAUUGUAUUUAAUGAAUUAUUCGGAUAAACAUUUGAAAUGCUAUAAA